CGUUCCGUUCCCGUCCCGGGCGUCUCCUCGGAGGGGGCAGCAACAACCGAGAGGGCGCAGAGCGCACCGCGCACAGUCCGAGCCCAGCGGAGCCCAGCGGAGCAGCCACAUCAGGCCCAAGCCGGACGUCCCGCCGGGAGCCACCAUGUCCCACCCCAGCGCCCCACCCCCCUACGACGACCGCAACCCCCUGUACCCGCCCGGGGGCUACCCUCAGCCCGGGGGCUACCCUCAACCCGGGGGCUACCCUCAGCCCGGGGGCUACCCCCAGCCCGGCGGCUACGGACACCCAGCCGGAUACCCACCACCCAUGCCAGCCAUGCCCCGGAUGCCCAUGGACUUUGACCGCGGGGAGAGCUACGGGGGCGAGGGCGCCAGCAGGAGCGACACCUUCGCCUCCGGAGAGUGGGACGAUCGCAAGGUGCGGCACGCCUUCAUCCGCAAGGUUUAUGCCAUCAUCUCGGCCCAGCUGUUUGUCACCGUGGGCAUCAUCGCCAUCUUCACCUUCGUGGAACCCGUCAACACCUUUGUGAGGAGGAAUCUGGCCGUCUACUAUGCGUCCUAUGCUGUGUUCUUGGGGACCUACAUGACUCUGGUUUGCUGCCAGGGGCCUCGGCGCCGCUUCCCAUGGAACAUCAUCCUCCUGUCCAUCUUCACUCUGGCCAUGGGCUUUAUGACAGGUACUAUAGCCAGCAUGUACAGCACCAAGGCCGUCCUCCUGUCCAUGCUCAUCACUGCCAUUGUCGCCGUCAUCGUCACCAUCUUCUGCUUCCAGACCAAGGUUGAUUUCACCUCGUGCGCCGGGCUCUUCUGCGUGCUGGGCAUCGUCGUCAUGGUGACGGGCAUCAUCACGGCCAUCGUGCUGUCCUUCAAAUACGUGUACUGGCUGCACAUGCUGUACGCUGCACUGGGCGCCAUCGCCUUCACCCUGUUCCUGGCCUACGACACGCAGCUGAUCCUGGGCAACCGCAAGCACACCAUCAGCCCCGAGGACUACAUCACCGGCGCCAUCCAGAUCUACACCGACAUCGUCUACAUCUUCACCUUCCUCCUGCAGAUCGUGGGCCGGGACUGA